CUCGCAAUUUCUCUCUUUCUCUCAACUCUCUCUGGUUUCUACCCACAAACCCUAAUUCGAUCUCGUCUGCUCUCUUGUUCUUCAUUCUCGCUCUCACUUCUUGCCCUAACCCUAACCCUGCGCUCAAUUCUUGCCCAUCAAAUUGGAAAAUAGGAUCAAAUGGCGAAGCUUGAGAGUUCUUCUUUCUCUUUGGUACCUUCAGAUUCAAAGCAUGUGGUCAGAGUCAUGUUAAAUCGAAUCCCAGAAAACCCACUAUUCCCAGAUGCUCUGUGCACACUCAUGGUCUGCCAGAAGAAGUUUCACCAGAAAAGACUCCAAAUUCCGGGGCUUACUGCUAUUCUUCAACACCGCAAAAUCGGUUCACACAAUCCUGGGCUCCUUGAUCACCUGAAUUUCACUAGUCUGGACCAAUUCAUUGAUCUCCCUCAGCUUCGUGCGCAUCUAGGCACUCUCUCGUCUUCCCUCAAGCCCGAGAUUCCGAGCCUGUAUGAGGAUCUGGCCCCCCAGAUUUCGGCUCUUGCGACUCGUCCUCCUCGUUCGGCAAUGCCCUUCUGCAUCAGUGCUGAAAUCGACAUCUUCUUCACUGAUUAUGUUGGUCAAAGCGGUGACCUUGAUUCGAGUAGUACUGACUUGGAUGGUCUGUUUGAGAGAAUUGCUUCUACUGCUGAAGGUGCAAGUGUUCUGGAAAAAUUCAUGGCUAAUGGCUUUGUGGCCGAGAAGGAUUCGGAUAAGUGCACUAUUUGUAUGGAGGACUUUGAUGGGACUUGUACUCUCAUUCGAACCCCGUGCUCUCAUGCCUUUCACAAACCAUGCGUUGUUCGGUGGUUGAUUAUGAACAAGAACACAUGUCCCUUGUGCCGCAGUCAACUACUCGAUUGUCUCCGCCCAACCACCAUAUCUCUUUGCUGAUUUUCAUUCAUUCAAUUCAUUCUUUAUUUGUUAUAUGUGUUGUGCAUUUCUCUGUAUAACUAAUUGUGCAUACUUGUUUGUUGUAAGCUGCGCGCUAACUGUGUAUGCUUAGUUGUUCUUUUUGGCAGGGUACUCCAGAAACUAGUGUCAUCUGUUGUGUGACCGUGCCAAUGCUCAACCCGGUUUCGAAAGCUAUCGGGUAAUGCAAGCUACUUUGCCUCUCAUUUAUAUUGGAAUGGCUGGCUUAUUGCUAGUGUAUGUCUGCUUUUUAUGCAAUGCAUGAUCUUCAAUAUAAUACCAUGCUUAUUCUCUGUUGUUGGUUUAUCUGGAAGUGGAGGAGGAAUAAGGGGAUUUUUUUUAUUCCACUUUCAAAACUCCUUACAAUAUUGCUGAGAUUAUCAUUGAAUAUAUAUGGUGCUUGGAAGUCAACUAGUAUAUCUCAAAGGGAUGGACUCACAGGACCGAAUUGUUAGCCUGGUCAACAGCCUAAUGCUCGAUCAUUUGAGCUCUAUGUGGAUGGCUCUAGAACGUUGCACGGUAUGAUUGGGGCUUGUGGUGUCGUAAGUAAUGAUUUGGUCAAUGCUUUCAUGUACACUAUUGGUAGUGGAGAAGUUCUGCUGGCUGAAGGGCUUGGGGAUUAUUAUUUACUGGUUUGAAGCUUGCCGUGAGCUCUAUAUUCUUAAACAUGGAAGUGAAGUCAGAUUCAGCAGUGUUAUAAAUCUAAUGUGAAGAUGCUAAUGUUUAUCCUGGCAAGCCUCAUUUGCAUAUUUAAGUGUUGAAACUUUCCUCGGCAUUGAUAUCAGCAGGACUGUUGCAAGCUGGAACAAUAGCAAAUUCACGAAAAGUAAGAUAAGCAUGAAAAGUCUCCAACUUCAACCAAAGAGGAACCACACUCAAGGCUCAGAAACUCUUGUUCAAACAGAGAAAAUGAGGAUAGAAGCACAGUCAGUUUCAUGAAAUUGUUUGGCAAGGGAAGUAGGUAUAUAUAUGCAGAAUGAGUUAUUAGUUUCAGCCAAUUUUGCUAGGCUGUUGGUUUUGCUUCUUUUCUAGGCUAUUCAUUGUACCAAAAAAAAAAAAAAAACAACAACAACCUUAUGUAUACUUAGUUAAUGAUCGAUGAUCAUGAUUCAUGAACUGUAGCUUUGUUUACAAAAAUUAAAGUGAUAUCCUGUCUUUUGGUAUUACAA